AUGUCCGCUGGAGCCUGGGCUGGCGGCGCCCAACUAGCGAACCAUUACGCCGAUUCUGAAGGGGCCGACAGCCACGACGAAGAUUCGAGCAAAGAUGGCUCCCUCAAAGGAGGCGGCUCCGUUGAGCUGAACGGCAAUAAUGGAGGCGGCUCUGACGCAGAAGGCGUCUGGUCGCCCGAUAUCGAACAGAGCUUCCAGGAAGCGCUCGCAAUUUACCCACCAUGCGGACGGCGCAAGAUUAUCCUUUCCGAUGAGGGGAAGAUGUAUGGUCGCAACGAAUUAAUUGCACGUUACAUCAAACUGCGGACGGGCAAAACGCGAACUCGGAAACAAGUCUCUAGUCACAUUCAAGUAUUAGCAAGGCGGAGGCAGCGGGAAAUACAGUCAAAAAGCAAGUUCUGGUCACAAGGACUUCCACAAGGCCAUGAUAUCAAGCUAACCGCAGGGGGACAUCCCUUCUUUGUAGGAACCAAUGGUGGGGCGCUCAGCAAUGGUUUUGGGCCGGCACUCGAAGGCCGCUCCAUCGCCACACACAAGUUUCGCCUUGUCGAGUUCAGUGCGUUCAUGCAGAAUGAAAAGGAGAAGCACCUUUUUGUGCACAUUGGUCAGUCGUCCACGUCGUACACUGACCCAAUGCUCGAGUCGGUGGACAUUCGCCAGAUCUACGACAAGUUCCCCGAGAAGAAGGGCCUUAAGGAGCUGUACGACAAAGGCCCACAAAGCGCCUUCUUCCUCGUCAAGUUCUGGGCUGACCUGAGCACCUCAUUACCCGAUGAUUCGGGUGCCUUUUAUGGUGUCACCAGUCAGUACGAAAGCAAUGAUAACAUGACUAUUAGCUGUUCUACAAAAGUGUGCUCCUUCGGCAAGCAGGUUGUAGAGAAGGUUGAGAAAGAGUACGCUCGUUUUGAAAAUGGCCGCUUUGUGUACAGAAUAAACCGUUCUGAAAUGUGCGAAUACAUGAUCAACUUUAUUCACAAGUUGAAGAACCUGCCGGAAAAGUACAUGAUGAAUUCCGUACUGGAAAACUUUACCAUUUUACAGGUCAUCACCAACAUUGACACACAGGAGACACUUUUGUGCAUUGCCUAUGUUUUUGAAGUGUCAGAGUCAGCAGGCACUCAGCAUCACAUUUACCGGCUUACAAAAGAAUGA